UCCCACGUGCCCUCACUCCUAGGCUCGCUCACCAUGACCGAACUGAAUGCCCAAGUCAAAGGCUCUCUCAACACCACCACCCCGGGGCUGCAGAUAUGGAGGAUUGAGGCCAUGAAGAUGGUGCCUGUUCCUUCCAGCACCUUUGGGACCUUCUUUGAUGGUGACUGCUACGUAGUCCUGGCUAUCCACAAGACGGGCAACAACCUGUCCUAUGACAUCCACUACUGGAUCGGCCAGGACUCGUCACAGGAUGAGCAGGGGGCAGCUGCCAUCUACACCACACAGAUGGACGACUACCUGAAGGGCCGGGCUGUCCAGCACCGUGAGGUCCAGGGCAAUGAGAGCGACACCUUCCGAGGCUACUUCAAGCAGGGCAUGGUGAUCCAGAAAGGGGGCGUAGCUUCCGGCAUGAAGCACGUGGAGACCAACUCCUACGACGUUCGGCGGCUGCUGCACGUCAAGGGCAAGAGGAACGUGGUGGCUGGAGAGGUGGAGAUGUCCUGGAAGAGUUUCAACCUAGGAGAUGUUUUCCUCCUGGACCUCGGGAAGCUCAUCAUCCAGUGGAACGGGCCGGAGAGUAACCGCAUGGAGAGACUCAGGGGCAUGACCCUGGCCAAGGAGAUCCGAGACCAGGAGCGAGGCGGGCGCACCUACGUGGGCGUGGUGGACGGGGAGGACGAAUCUGCAUCCCCGCAGCUGAUGGAGGUGAUGAAGCACGUGCUGGGCCAGCGCGGGGAGCUGAAGGCAGCCGUGCCUGACACCGUGGUGGAGCCGGCACUCAAGGCUACCCUCAAGUUGUACCAUGUGUCUGACUCGACGGGGAAACUGGUGGUUCGGGAAAUUGCCACACGGCCACUCACACAGGACCUGCUCAGUCACGAGGACUGUUACAUCCUGGACCAGGGAGGCCUGAAGAUCUACGUGUGGAGGGGGAAGAACGCCAGCAAGGAGGAGAAGCAGGGCGCCAUGAGCCAGGCGCUGAACUUUAUCAAAGCCAAGCAGUACCCAGAAAGCACACAGAUAGAGGUGCAGAACGAUGGGGCAGAGUCAGCCGUCUUUCAGCAGCUCUUCCAGAAGUGGACCGUGCCCGGCCGGACCUCAGGCCUGGGCAAAACCCACACCGUGGGCUCCGUGGCCAAGGUGGAGCAGGUGAAGUUUGAUGCCACGUCCAUGCAUGUCCAGCCUCAGGUAGCUGCCCAGCAGAAGAUGGUAGACGACGGGAGUGGAGAGGUGCAGGUGUGGCGCAUUGAAAACCUAGAGCUGGUGCCUGUGGACUCCAAGUGGCUAGGCCACUUCUUCGGGGGUGACUGUUACCUGCUGCUCUACACCUAUCUCAUUGGCGAGAAGAAGCACUACCUGCUCUACAUUUGGCAGGGCAGCCAUGCCAGCCAGGAUGAAAUCGCCGCCUCGGCCUAUCAAGCCGUCAUCCUGGACCGGAAGUAUAAUGAUGAACCGGUUCAGAUCCGGGUUCCAAUGGGCAAGGAGCCGCCCCACCUCAUGGCCAUCUUCAAGGGUCAAAUGGUGGUCUACCAGGGAGGCACCUCCCGAGCCAACAACUUGGAGCCUAUGCCCUCCACACGGCUGUUCCAGGUCCGGGGAACCAGUGCCAACAACACCAAGGCCUUUGAGGUCCUAGCCCGGGCCAGUUCCCUCAACUCCAAUGAUGUCUUCAUCCUCAGGACCCAGUCCUGCUGCUACCUAUGGUGUGGGAAGGGCUGUAGUGGGGAUGAGCGAGAGAUGGCCAAGAUGGUUGCUGACAUCAUUUCCCGGACUGAGAAGCAAGUGGUGGUGGAAGGGCAGGAGCCAGACAACUUCUGGAUGGCCCUGGGCGGGAAGGCCCCCUAUGCCAACAGCAAGAGACUGCAGGAAGAAAACCUAGUCAUCACCCCAAGGCUCUUUGAAUGUUCCAACAAGACCGGGCGCUUCCUGGCCACAGAGAUCCCCGACUUUAAUCAGGAUGACUUGGAAGAGGACGAUGUGUUCCUGCUAGAUGUCUGGGACGAGAUUUUCUUCUGGAUCGGGAAGCACGCCAAUGAGGAGGAAAAGAAGGCCGCAGCCACCACUGUGCAGGAAUACAUCAAGACCCAUCCCAGUGGCCGUGACCUUGAGACCCCCAUCAUUGUGGUGAAGCAGGGCUAUGAGCCCCCCACCUUCACGGGCUGGUUCCUUGCUUGGGACCCCUUCAAGUGGAGUAAUGCCAAAUCCUAUGAGGACCUGAAGGCAGAGCUGAACAACUCUCCGGACUGGAGCCAGAUCAGCGCUGAGAUCAUAAGCUCCAAAGUGGUUAUGUUCAAUGCCAACAGCGACCUCAGUGCUGGGCCUCUGCCCAUCUUCCCCCUGGAGCAGCUGGUGAACAAGCCUGUGGAGGAGCUCCCUAAGGGUGUGGACCCCAGCAGGAGAGAGGAGCAUCUGUCCAUUGAAGAUUUCACUAAGGCCUUUGGGAUGACUCCAGAUGCCUUCUCUGCCCUGCCUCAAUGGAAACAACAAAAUCUCAAGAAAGAAAAAGGACUAUUUUGAGAAGGAAGAGUAGCUGUGGUUGUAAAGCAGCACUCUACCUUACCUGGCUUGUGGCAUUCUGUUUUAUAACUGGUAUUAGACCUAUGCCAAUUGAAGUGAAAUUUUAUAGUUGUGCCUGUGAACAGCAGUCUAUGGCAAUGCCACUUUUAACAAUCUCCCUAUUCCUUCAGAAAGAUGAUACCUCCACAAGGAGCCUGUGGUCCCAAUUUCAGCUCUCAAGAAGGUGGCUAGAUUCUUUCUAUCUUGAGGUGUUGCAUCAUUUUUAACCAUCCUGUUCUAUAGCUUUCCCUUCUUAGAAGAGCAGCCAAACACUCCAUGGAACGUAAGAGUUGAGGCACCAGGACAGGUUUUUCCUCUACCAUGACUCAUUUUCAUCUAUGGCAAGUGGGCUGAAACAUUUUGCAGGUUUACAUCUUUCCCACAGUAAUGGCUUUUCCUUUUCACAUAUACUUUCUUCACCACCUUACUCAGGUGUUAAGUUAAAGGGUUGAAGGAGAGCUGAACGGCCUGGGAGAUUGCCCUCUUACUGAGGUUUCACAAUGCUCACUAAAUAGUACCCAGUGAGAGCAGCACAUCCAGUGUGUCUAGGCUAAAGGCAAGUAGGAAAUGCAAAUGCUAUUUCGCCCUUCACCCCCACUCUUAAUAAUAAGGCAAAGGAAGAGCGAAGGCCAAUGCUAGGUUUACAAACUGUUACACAGAAGCCUCUAUAAAGCUUCACAGGCUCCUCAGAUGAAAAUAACCAGUGGUGACUAUGGCCAAACUUUGGUUCGCCAUUCCAUCUCCUUUAAGAUGUAACAGUGUGCAACGAAGUCCAAGUCAGAAAACCAAAAAGAAGGUGAUUUCCACAACUUGAAACAACUGGUUGUUAAAAGUGUCUGCAAAAAUGUAUCCUUCUCAGAAAUAACAGUCAAACCAACAUAAGGUUAAUAAAGGCUUUAAUUUCACACACACACAAAAA